AUGAGGAUCCUCAUCGUAAUAACAGCUCUUCUCUGCAGCCGCAGCUGCAUCUGUGAGUUUCAGACUGUGGAGGUCCAGUCUGGUGAAGAUGUCACUCUGCUCUGCUCUAACUUAACCAAAGAUCCUUCUCAGACUGACUGGUUCAGAGUGGACAACAGCUUCAAAGUCAGCUGUGGAAAGUUUGCGAUGAGCUCCAACAACAGCUUUGUGUCUCUGAACAUCAGUGAAGUGAAUGAGUCUGACUCUGGACUGUAUUUCUGUGGAUUCUAUGUAAACAAACAUACAAUCAUUGGAGAUGUUACACAACUGAUCAUUGAAGGGGAUGAGUCCAAUGAUAAAGAGAAGGGACAGAAGAAUUGUCGGAAAUCAUUCCCCUCUGCACAGGAGAAAGGCAGCUUCCUGUCUGUCUGCGCUGGUGAAAAUAUUACUUUAGAAUGUUCCUCUGAAGAUGAUAAUUUAGUUCAGAUCUACUGGUACAAGCAAAGUUUGGGACAAAAGCCUAAAAUUAUGUCCAGUUUCUAUGGAUACACUUCACAGGGGACAUUUUAUGAGGAAUUUGAGAUCGACUCACGCUUUGAAUUGGAUACAAAAGGCAAAAAUUAUCACUUGAAGAUUUUGAAGUUGCAAUUUUCAGACUCCGCUACAUAUCACUGCAUAAGUUCUGAUUCUUACUCACUUACAUUUUUGAAGAGCUAUAUUGUCAAUGUGAAGGACCCUUCUUUUUAUCUCAAGGAUUCAGUGGAUCAGUCGUCCUUUAAGAACAUCCAUCCAGGAGACUCUGUGACUCUGAACUGUACAGUACACACUGGGAGCUGUGAUGGAGAACACAGAGUUUACUGGUUCAAAGACUCUGAAGAUUCUCAUCCAGAACUCAUUUACACUCAUGGAGGCAGGAAUGAUCAGUGUGAGAGAAAUAACAACACAAAAACACACAGUUGUGUCUACAAUCUCCACAUGAAGAACCUGACUGAGUCUCAUGCUGGGAUCUACUACUGUGCUGUUGCCUCAUGUGGACACAUACUGUUUGGAAACGGAAACAAACUUGACUUCAAAGCUCCACUGAAUUCUGUGAUUCUACACACUUUGGUUGGAUUAUUGACCAUCAUGAGCGUCCUCAUUGUUUUUCUGCUUUUUCUUUUGUGGAAGAUCAACAAGAGAAACACCUGCACCUCUACAGAAGAAGGAUCAUCUGCUGCCCCCUUAAGAAGCUCAGAGGCUGAGAAGAAAGGCACCGAAAACCUCCAUUAUGCUGCUAUAAAUGUGAAGAGGUCCAAGAGAUCAAGAAGACAGAAGAACGACUUGAACACAGUGUUCCAAGAAGCCAAAAUCCCAUAG